AUGGAGCCUACUCAGUUUUUUACCGACGCAUUUAUCGAGGAGCCUUCUGAGAAAGCUCCAAAUAAGGCUACCACCGACGCCCUUGCCGAUGCGCCUUAUGAUGAAGAUCCACAGCAGGCUAUCUUGGCCCUCGACGAAUGGAAAGUGCCUGCGAAGAUUUUCCGCGCUGAUGGUUCCUGCAUGACCCUCUGGGAACUUGCUCGUGCUAAUGGAUAUCGCUUCGAAGGAGACCCCAAUGAGACUCCCGGCUCUACCUUUGACAAGGCCUUUCUUGAACUCGGUGUUGACCCUGUCAUUGGUCCAGCGACUGAGGAUCACCUUGAGCUUGACCCUGAAUCAUCUACUCCCAUCGUGGUUGACGAGGUUGAUGACGUGACCCCACUGAGCGCCUGCACCAACCAGCCGACAGUCUAUCCGCUGGAUACCCUCAACUCCCUCGAGAACGCCGACCUGGGUCCUCCCCUUGCGGUCGUUCAAGUUACUCCCACCAACAAUGCUCCAACCACCCAAAACGCUCCGGUCACCAUUGAUACAGCCGCUGAAGUCGCUCCUGUCACUGCUGCUCCGGUCACCCAAGUCGCUACUUCAGUCACCCAACACACUCCGAUCGUUGAUCCAGCUGUUCAACUCACUGCUGCCACUGAGGCCUCGGUUACUCAAGUCACCCCUCCAACUAGCCAAGCCACCCAUGUUGUUCCAGUCGCCAAUGCUGCCCCGGUCGCCCAAGUCGCUCCUCCCACCUCCGGUACAGCAACUGGCACGGUCAAGGUUUUUGCUUUGCCACAAGCCAAAUCGCGCACUCAGCCACCCAAGCAGAAAGGCAAGCGGGUUCCCAAGAGGAAACAAGAUGAUGCGCUACACAAAAAACAGAAGAAGACAAAGGCCCAAAGCACCCCACGCAAGGCGAAAGGGAAGACAACUUCAGUCCCAGUCACACCACCUCAGAAGAUUGCGCCUGCCCCGAUGGCACAGGCGCCUGCUCCAAUCCGUUUCCUCGCCCCGAAGACUCCUGUCCCUGCUCCGGAAACUUCUGUCCCUGCCUCGAUGACUCCAGUGCCGGCGGGCCAUCCCAGCCAGCAGCAGCAGCUUCAACUUGAAGAACGUCUCCGAAAUCAAGAGCAGUAUCUUCGUAUUGAAUGGAAGCAACUUCAGCAGCAGGCUGCUCAUCUCAAACGCCAGCCGCGCGGAGAUCCACAGCAGCUUCAGAUCUACGAACAGCAGCGUCAGAUCAACGAACAGCAGUUUAAGCUGUGCCAUCAAAAGGUCUUGCAGCACAAAGAGCAGGUCCGUCAAUACCGGUGUCAGCAACAGAAGCAGCAUGCGAUGCAACAACGCCAGCGAUCCCAAGCUGCAGCGACUCAGCAAGCUCAGCAGCCCAACCACCAAAUGCAAGCAGUUUAUCCCACCCCUUCCAAGGAGCGCAUGCAGUCUUCCAUGCACCAAAUCCAGCAACUUCAGGCGCCAGCGGCUCAGCAAGCUCAGCAGCCCAUCCAUCAGCAGCUCCGAGGUUCACCGGCUCAGCAAGUCCAACAGCCCACCCCUCCUAAGGAGCACAUGCAGUCUUCCAUGCACCAAAUCCAGCAACUUCAGGCGCCAGCGGUUCAGCAAGCUCAGCAGCCAACCCCCCCAAAUGCAAGCAGUGCGUUAGCGGCUCGGCAAGUUCAGCAGCCCAGCCACCAAAUUCAAGCAGUGUAUCCUACCCCUCCUAAGGAGCGCAUGCAGUCUUUCAUGCACCAAACCCAGCAGCUCCAAGGCUCAGCGGCUCAGCAAGUUCAGCAACCCAUCAACCAGCAGUUUCAAGGUUCACCGGCUCAGGUCCAGCAGCCCACCCCUCAAAUGCAAGCAGUGUAUCCCACCCCUCCUAAGGAACGCAUGCGGUCUUUCAUGCACCAAACCCAGCAGCUCCAAGGCCCAGCGGCUCAGCAAGUUCAGCAGCCCACCCACCAAAUUCAGGGGGCUUAUUCUACGCCUUCUAAGGAGCGCAUGCAGUCUAUGAUGCAACAAACCCAGCAACUCCAAGUUUCAGCUCAGCAAGUUCAGCAACGCACCCACCAAAUGCAGGGAAUAUAUUCCACCCCUACCAAGGAGCGCAAGCAGUCUGUUUCUUCCCUUUCUGCCGCUUCGCCCAGCAAGAGAACUUUCGAGUUUAUGGAGAACAUUGUGCCUAGCAACUUUGUGGCCAACCCAGACAAUCAUGCGCGAUGGACUGUUAGCCCUAACGGCAACCAAACCUACUUGAACGGACCCCAGGCGAAGAAGGCACGAGUUUCUACGAAGUAG